AUGCGCAGCCGCCGCUGCGUCCGCUCGCCGGCGGCCGGGCCGCUGGACGACAGCGACCUGCUCUCCGAGAUCCUGCUCCGCCUCUCCCCGCAGCCCUCCUCCCUCCCGCGCGCGUCCCUCGUCUGCAAGCGCUGGCGCAGCAUCGUCUCCGACCCCGGCUUCUUCCGCCGCUUCCGCCUCCGCCACCGCCGCAACCCUCAUCUCCUCGGUUUCUUCGACAAGUACGAUGAUCUGUCCUCCUAGUUCCUACCAACUCUGGAUGCCCCCACUUGCGUCCCUCCCGGGCGCUUCUCCUUGCCGUUCGACGACGUCGAAGAUUACCGCCUUUCCCUUGGGUGCCGCCAUGGCCUCCUACUCUUCUGGCCUAUGAAGCGUUUCCAGGUCGUGGUGUGGGACCCCGUCACCGGAGACCAGCACCGCAUUGCCGUUCCCCCGGGGUUCGACGGGACACACGGGGCGGUGCUUCGCGCCACCGGAGACAAACACUUCCAGGUGGUCUUGGUGGUGAGACAUUCGGAUGACGAGCAACAUACACGUGCGGUUGCCUGUGUUUACUCGUCAAAGACCGGCUUAUGGGGAGAUCGUAUCUCGACGCCGCUUCCAUACCAACCUGAUGUGAGCGGUUCUCCCAACACCAUGCUUUAUGAGCUUGAUGCUGUGCUGGUUGGAGACUCACUUCACCGGAUGCUUUCUAGGAAUUUUGGUGGAAUUCUCAAGUUUGAUUUGGAGAAGCAGAGCCUAGCUGUGAUACGAGUGCCGCCAGUGGAUAUGUAUGGCCAGGGCAACUACUUCCAGGUUAUGAGGGCCGAGGGCGGCGGGCUGGGUUUCCUCUUCAUGUCAGUGUCAGACUACGCUGCUCAGUUAUGGAAGAGGAAGACAGAUUGUGAUGGUGUUGCUUCAUGGGAGCUUGGAAGAACUAUUCAACUGGACAAGCUACUUUCUCUGAAGUCGGAGGAUAAAAACCCCAUAGCCCUGUCGAUACUAGGGUUUGCUGAGCAGAAUAAUGCCGUGUUCAUUUGGACAGUUAAUGGCAUCUUCAUGAUCCACCUUGACUCAUUGAAUUUCAAGAAGCUUGCCGAAACCACCGCAAGAUGUUCUCACUAUCAUCCAUUCGAAAGUGUCUACACUGCAGGAACACGUGUUGAUGUUGGACACGAUGGGGCUGAGCUUUUGGUUGAUAUGUAA